CCCAAGGGGAAAAUUCUAGACGUCCUAGUAUGAUACCAUUCCUUGUUAUUUCUAUUUUUAUGGUGUCGUACCCGCAACAAGGGAAUGUUUGGCAAGCUAACUAACAUACUAUUACUAAGGCACCAAGAAAUAUCCGCCCGUCCCGGGCACGGAGGCGGGCAUUGAGGAAGAAUUCCUGUGAUACCAGGGCAUCAUAACUGCUCCGCACCGGCUUUUGGGGGUACGCACCUAAAGCCCUCCCCUAGCAUGUCACUUGGAGCAGCACCUCGCAUCCUGUAGAUCUCGCUUUUGUUUGCAUUUUGGUGCCCUUUCCUGCGUUUUUCACAAAUAAAUCAUGUGUGUAAAAUCUGCCAUAGAUGCGGAAUGCGUCUUGCAUAUAGUGGUGCCAACUGCCCAGGACUUGCUUAACGAUAUCCCCUCUAACGCUCAAGUAUAAUACCUGCUGCUAGGGAAAACUAUUUACUAUGUUAGCUCUCCCUUCCAGUCACAGUAUGUCACUCGUUUAUUUUCCUCUGGAUACGCGCUGGACAUCUCGAUUACCCAGCCAAAAUUUGCCGCCCUUUAUGUCACAACUUCCCCUACACCUUCCCCAAAAUUGGAGAUAUUCUCUAUUGGUUUGAGGUUGAUAGGUUACCCUUUCGCCUAAUAGAGUUAUCCUUAUUAUGGAGGUCGUUAGCGGGCACUGGUAUUGCUCCCUGGUCGUCUGUGAAGGGAGGGUCCCCAAGAGGCAAAAAAGAAACCUUAUUUCACCGGGGCUUUUGUUCAGUGACUGUAAAAGUAGGGCUCGCACAGUGCUAGAGGAUUAUAUCCCCAGCGGAUAUUCGUUUUACUACUUUUCCUUCCAAUAAGAGCAGCUCCUUGAACAACCUUACGGAUAUAUGAUGGGCAGACGGGCAAUCAACCAGGUUCUCCUGCUGGGAAGGCACCAGGCACUUUAAAUCAGUUGGCACUCCUUUUUUACUGCGAUUUACCAUCUUGAAUAGGGCAACGUUUGUGGAGAUAACGAAUUUGAGUGUAGUAUUAUGUAAGCAACCAAGCCUAAUACCGGUAUGCCAUGAGUGGUCUCAGGUGCCCAACACUCACCAAGCUACGGUACCUUACUCGAGUACUUGGGCUCUAUGUGACCAGCAGGGCAUAACCCCACCGCCAAGCUCUCACAAAACACAGUCUUCCCACACACCGCACACCAUCGGCACCGAACCGUGAGAAUCAUACCAAAAUUUCCCCCACCAACCGACCAUAGCAACAACGACAAACAACCACACAGCCAACGACAACCCGUCCAUCAGUCCCGAGAUCAGUAAAGAUGGUUGGUUUUCAUCCUCCCUUGAAAAAGACAAUUUCGCCCGACCGAAAAAUGCUGAACUUUCUCGAUAAUCAUAGGUCCGAUACGCCGCUGUUCCCAAUAAUCCUUCGAAAUGUGCAAAGUCCCGCGGAUCCUUCCUCCGCGUUUCCUUCAAGAACACUCGCGAGACCGCUCAGGCCAUCAACCGCAUGAAGCUUUCUCGUGCUAUCGCUUACUUGGAGAACGUUAAGGGGCAUAGGGAGGCCGUUCCCAUGAGGAGAUAUGCUGGAUCAACCGGGAGAUGCGCUCAAGGUGGGUUUUUGGAAAUAUUUCAUGGGCCUUUUUUACAUUGAAGUUGGAUUGGAUUAGAGGGUUUGGAAGGCGGGAUGGAGGUAGCCAAUGGCGUGUUAGGCAUAGGAGGACGUCAUUGGAGGGAUUCCGAGUUUUUGAAUUUUACCAAGCCGAUAUUCCUGGAUAGAAUGGGGAUUGAGUUUGGAUGUAUUCGGGCAUUGAAUAUGUUAACGGUGAUUUACGUAGGAAAACAAUUCGGUGUUUCCCGCGCUCGUUGGCCCGAGAAGUCUGCUGAGUUCCUCCUUGGUCUUCUCCGCAACGCGGAGGCCAAUGCCGACACCAAGGGUCUCGAUAGCUCCAGCCUUGUCAUAUCCCACAUUCAGGUCAACCAGGCCCCUAAGCAGCGCAGAAGGACAUACCGUGCCCACGGCCGUGUACGUUACCAAGCUGUCUAGACAACAAUCCCACCUAACUGACACCUCUAAUAGAUCAACCCCUACAUGUCAAACCCCUGCCACAUUGAGGUCAUUGUCUCCGAGGCCGACGAAGCUGUCGCUAAGGCCCCAGAGAACAAGGUCGUUAAGCUGAACGCUAGGCAGAGGGGAAGGCUUUUAGCUGAGCAGAGACGUAUCGCUGCUUAAGUUAGCCUAAAAAGUUAUGAGGGGUUUCGGGGUAAUAGAAAAUAAAUGAAAAUAAAUUCAAGGGUUUUCUAUAACUCAGCCGAAUCGGGCGGGGAGUUUCUCUUUUUCCAUUUCUAUCUUGUACUCAAAACGUUGUGGGGUCUUUUUUUUCCUAUUUUCUUUCCCUCCUGCUCUUUGCCUUCCCCUUUCUGGCAUAUUUCUCCCUUCUUGGCUGGUUAAAAUGGAAACCGUUUGGGGAUCCGCUCCUUUGCGCAAUCAAGGGGCGCAGAUACUUAAUGGAUAUGGCAUGGUGGGAUGUGUUGCGCUUGAUUGUUAAUCCCGAUGUACAAAUGAGCACUUGGGUGUCGUGAUAUGGUAGGGGAUUUCUGCAAUCGGAGCACUUUGCCAAGAAAAUAUUGCUCAAUUCCAAGCCCCAAUGGCUUUUCAAUAGCCACUCUAGUGCUAGUGAGAAUUGUAGCUCUGUUAGGUGAUGGAGUAAGUGAUUCUCUAUAUUAGUAGGGAGAAAAUAGGGGUGCCUCAAG